CUGACACACUGCCACUGGACAGGGCCGUUGCCAGUGAGUUGCUUGCAUCAAAGAUUGUGAACUCUGUGCGGCUUGCAUCGUGUUAUACCUCUGUGGCUUGCAAAGCUAUUAGCUAGUAACAGAGGACAUACAAAAAGAUCCGGGAAAGGGGUGUCGUCUGAAAGUUGGAAACUGUGAAAGAAACGACUGAAGGUCACCUCAGAGAGUGUUGUACAUCCAAGUGGGUAUUUUGUGAGGAGCAUCGCUGAGAGACCAGAGGGGCUGAGAUCAGAGGAAGUGCCACCACAACGCCAUAAUGUACAAGGACUACAGAUCAGGACGAGCAGCAGGACUGAACCCGCUGUCCUUUGACCCGUCCUCCAACAACGAACCCUUGCAGUUCAGCAACUCAAACGUGCCGCUGGUGUCAGACUGUCCCCUGGAGAACGGAGCUGAGAAGAGCAUUAAGAGGAAGAGACCCAGCCUGCCUCCAGGGUCUUCUCCUCCACUCAGUGUCUAUCUGUCUGUCUCUCAGCUCACAGAGCCAGAGAAGAGGAGCUGUCAUCCUCAGGGAGAAGGGAUUCGUAACAUGUCCAUGGACUCCAACCCCAUGCCGAUGCCCAUGUCAGACCCCAACGCCUGGGCCACCGCCAUGAACAACCUUGGCAUGGCUCCCAUGAACAUGACGGGACAGCCCCUUAUGUCAGGUGCUUGUAAGGACACAGAUGACAGACAGGUAGGAUUCCAGUUGAGGUGGAAUUCAGACCAAGAUUUCGACUCGGGCCUUGGCAUGAUGACAGGCAUGAACCCUAUGAUGCCCGGCCUUGGUUACGUGCCCCCACCGCCCCUGCCCCAUGAUCUACCCAUCAUUAAGGAGAUCAUUCACUACCAGAGCUGCACCCUCUUCCCCCCAAACCCAAACCUUCCCUUUCCGGCCAUGAGGGAUCGCCCUCCCGGCUGUAAGACUGUGUUUGUGGGUGGUCUGCCAGAGAAUGCCACUGAGGCACUCAUCGUGGAGGUAUUUGGCCAGUUGGGUGAGAUCAUCGCAAUCCGCAAGAGCAAGAAGAACUUCUGCCAUAUCCGAUUUGCCGAAGAGUUCACUGUGGACAGAGCCCUCUUCCUGUCUGGCUACCGUAUGCGUCUGGGCUCCAGUACAGACAAGAAGGACACAGGGCGGCUCCAUGUGGACUUUGCCCAGGCCAGAGACGACUUGUAUGAGUGGGAGUGUCGUCAGCGCCUGUAUGCCAGAGAGGAGAGACACCGCAGGAGGAUGGAGGAGGACCGUUUCAGACCCCCCUCCCCUCCACCCAUCGUCCAUUACACAGACCACGAGUGUAGCCUGCUGGGGGACAAGAUCAAAGAUGAGGCAGCGUUUGCGGAGGCGGUGCACGUGCUGCUGACCUGGGUGGAACGCGGUGAGGUGAACCGUCGUAACGCCAACAACUUCUACUCCAUGAUCCAGUCGUCCAACAGCCACAUCCGCCAGCUGAUGAGUCAGAAGGCUGCCCACGAGAAGGAGUUGGAGGUGGCCAAGGACAAGUUCAAGACCGCCCUGUCUGGCAUCCUGGCACAAUUUGAGCAGAUUGUGUCUGUAUUCCACGCUGCUUCCAAACAAAAGGCAUGGGACCAUUUCUCCAAAGCUCAACGCAAGAACCUGGACAUGUGGCGCAAGCAAGCAGAGGAGAUCAGAAACAUGCAAAAUGAAGAGCUGAUGGGGAUCAGACGAGAGGAGGAGAUGGAGAUGUCUGACGAUGACAUGGAGGAUACACACGAUCCUGACGACUCAGGCCCUGUGGCCCAGGUGGAGGCCCUAAAGGAAGAGAAUGACUCUCUGCGCUGUCAGCUGGACGCCUACAGGAACGAGGUGGAGCUGUUGAAGCAGGAGCAGGGCAGAAACCAAGAACACACACCUCCACAACACAGUGAAGAGGACACCAUCAGGCAGCAACAACUAACCUUUCUACAGCAGGCACUACAGGGAAUGCAGAAGCAACUGCUGAAGAUGCGUGAAGAAAUGAAACAGAGGGAGGCAGAGUUGGAGAAGAGUGUGGAGGACAAACAGCAGCUGGAGAGCCAAGUACAGAGCCUCAAGGAAGGACUGGAGAGUCUGAAGAAAACACGCCCACCACAGAUGGAGACCUCACCGCAAGAUGACAGAGGGAGCGAGGAGAGUGCUGAUCAAGUCAAUCUGGAGACCUCACCGCGAGAUGACAAAGGGAGCGAGGAAAGUGCUGAUCAAGUCAAUGAGGCGACAGCAUUAGAAGUGGUUUCCUGCAGUCAGGAGAAGGAGAGUCUGCCCCCAGAGAAGAUUCCCUCUAGUCCUGUUUACUCUGAGAGAGAGGCCUUGCUAGUUGGGAUCAUCUCUACGUUCCUCCAUGUCCACCCGUUUGGAGCCAGCAUCGAAUACAUCUUCUCUUACCUACAGCAGCUGGGCACCAAGAUAAACACCGGAGAGGUGGGGGCUCUACUGGGUCGGCUGCCCAGUACCUUCAGACAGGAGCUGACAGGAGUGGGUGCCAGCCUGGAGAAACGCUGGAAGUUCUGUGGUUUCGAGGGAAUCAAGACCACAUAGAACAUUACAGAGACACAGCGGAUAUCACAGGAGAAACAGCAUAGAGAUCUGACGGUCUUAUGAGGAUAUUGUUUUAUGGGGACCGGCACUGGUCCCUUGGCUGUUGCUCUCCAGUCCCUGUGAUGGUUAAUUGAUCUUGAUUUAGUCAGUUCUUAAGUGCUAGUUAUAAUGUAAACAGUUUGCUGGUCCCUGUCACAAAUAAGGUUGAGAAACACUGGCAUAGAACUCUUGACUGUAUUAUGAAGACACAGAAGUAAAAACAUAGAACUCAGACUGUCCGUCACAUGAGCGGGUCGGACCGUUCUCAGAUCCUCUAAUUGGUUAACUCUGCUGUCACUCAGCCAGGACUACUACCCAGGGAGGUUAUCAGGGUCUGCUGAACACUGUCAACCUCCAACCCCUCUGGCCUCUCACACUCUUUUCUUUCCUUGUUUGUACAAUUCUAUGAGUAAAAAUGAAUAUAUUUCUUCAUUUUCUGUAAAGGCUGUUGAAGGAAUACUUCUGGGUUUUGGCAACGAAACCCUUUCUCUACUUCACCAGAGUCAGAUGAACUUGUGGAUACCAUUUUUAUGUCUCUGCGUGCAGUUUGAAGGCAUUUUCUAACUGAUGCUAGCGUAAUGAUUGGAAGGCUAUGGGUAUCUGCUAGCUAGCAUGCUAGCAGAUACCCAUAGCCUUCUAGUCAUUGCGCUAGCUAGAGGUAGUUAGUUAGAGGUAGUUUUGUGAGCCAAUGCUAACUUCCUUCAUACUGGACUCGGAGAUAUAAAACUGGUAUCCACAAGUUCAUCUGACUCUGGGGAUGUACAUAAAGGGUCUCAUUGCCAAAAUCCUGAAGUAUCCCUGUAACAGUUGCAUAGAUUGAUUUGUUUUCCUACUCUGUAAAUGCUUGGAUGAUAUUUUUAAAUAAAAAAUCAAAGCAAUCUGAAGAA